CUUCUCCUCAGUUCUGCUGCGCCGACAAGGUGCGCUAUGCUCUUCAACAUGCGCGUUUUGUACCAGUCGCAUUCAGUUGCACUCCGUUCGUGAUGAAAGUAGGUUAGCUUUUUCGUUGUCAAGCAGUUGAGGCAUACGAGUUUGUAGUACCAUGUCGCACCAGAACGAGAGUUGUACCGCCGACAUAGGAGACAUGCGAAUAAAAUACAGGGAUAGAAGUGAAACUUUUACGGAAAAUAGUUUAAUUAGUAAAGAACCUAUUGGCCAAUUCAAAGCAUGGUUUGACCAAGCAUGCAAUACUCCGCAAAUUUUAGAACCAAACGCAAUGCUCGUCGCAACAGCAACGAGAGAUGGCGUGCCGUCCAUGCGCGCGGUAUUGCUGAAAGGUUAUAGCAAUGAGGGCUUUAAAUUUUAUACAAAUUAUGAUAGUAGAAAGGGACGCGAACUUUCUAAUAAUCCACGCGCUGCGCUGACUUUCUACUGGGAACCUCUCAAACGAUCCAUACGUAUCGAAGGUAUCGUGGAAAAAACUUCGGCGGAAGAUUCGGAUCGCUAUUUUCAAAGCCGGCCAUAUGUGAGUCAAAUUGGGGCUAUAGCCAGCAACCAGAGUAAAGUGAUCGCUAAUAGAGAAACUCUUAUGAUUAGAGAGAGAGAACUGCUCGCGCAAUUCCCAGAAGGUCAAGUUAAAAGACCUGACUGCUGGGGCGGUUAUCUUGUCGUGCCGCAUUUCAUAGAAUUCUGGCAAGGUCAGAGUGAUCGUCUACACGAUAGGAUUCGUUUUAGACGUCCAAAACCAAACGAAAUUAUCGAUAAUAUUCUCGUGCAUGAAGGAAAAGACGGAUGGGUUUAUGAAAGACUCUCGCCAUAAAAAAAAAUCAAUUUUAUUGAUACAAACAAGGGAUAAAGUUGGGAAUUUUUAUCAGUUAAGCACACACAUAUGAGAAUGAAAUCAAAUAGAUUUCGAUACAAAAGACGCCAGUAUGGAUUACAACAUUCCGAAUAGAUACCUCAUAUCUCAUUGAAGACAAUAAUGUUAUAUAUUAGGCCUGUUGUUGAUGCUAUUUUUUAAUAAGUUUUAGAAUUUCUCUGUUGACACCUGAAAUAUAUAUAAUUUAUAUUGUUAAACUA